UCUCAGGCAGGCGUCGCUGUGCACAAUCUCCAGCCCUCCGCCGGCUGCAGCUAAUGAGUCUUUGUGUGGCUCGAGCGAAUGAGAGCGAGUCUUCGGUCUGUUUUAGACCGGCGCGUAUGCUAACAGCAGUGGAGACCGGGUUUACCUCUCUCGCCCCGGUCUCCUCUCGAGUCCCAGUGCAAUGGAGGGCCUUCAUUCAGACCGUCUCAUCUGGCUCUGAACGGCGUGAGGGAGGAGAGUAAAGCGGCGGCGGACGCAGCCUGACGGCAGCCAUGAGUGGAAUUCUGAAGAGGAAGUUUGAGGAGGUGGAGGGGGCGUCACCCUGCUCCUCACUGAGGGAGUCUGAGGAGGAGGAGAUAUCCAGCACUGAGAGCGGAGACAGCAGCGACAGCGUCAACCCGUCAGCCUCGCACUUCAGCCAUCCUUCAACAGCAUCAUCCUCAUCCUCAACACACGCACUGCAGCGGACAGCGUCCUCGAUACUGAAGCGGGAGAAGCGGAUGAGGACGAGGAGGGUGCACUUUGAGAAGGUGACGGUGUAUUACUUCAGCCGGAGGCAGGGAUUCACCAGCGUGCCCAGUCAGGGUGGCAGUACGCUGGGCAUGUCCAGCAGACACAGCUGCGUGCGGCAGUAUACGCUGGGAGAGUUCGCCAUGGAGCAGGAGAGAAUCCACAGAGACAUGCUCCGAGAUCACCUGAAAGAGGAGAAACUCAACUCUAUUCGGCUGCGGUUGACAAAGAACGGCUCGGUGGAGUCCGAGGAGGCCAAUGCUCUCACGCUGGACGACAUCUCUGAUGAUGACCUGGAUAUUGAUAACACAGAGGUGGAUGAAUACUUUUUCCUUCAGCCAUUGACCACUAAGAAGCGGCGCGCUCUGCUGCGCUCAUCCGGCGUCAAGAAGCUCGAUGUGGAGGAGAAACAUGAGCUACGGGCCAUCAGGGUGUCCAGGGAAGACUGUGGCUGCGACUGCAGACUCUUCUGUGACCCGGAGACCUGCACAUGCAGCCUCGCUGGCAUCAAGUGUCAGGUGGACCGUAUGUCGUUCCCGUGCGGCUGCACAAAAGAGGGCUGCAGCAACGCGGCCGGCAGAAUCGAGUUUAACCCCAUCCGAGUUCGGACUCACUUCCUGCACACCAUCAUGAAGCUGGAACUCGAGAAGAGCCGCGAGCAGCAGCAGAAUUCCGGUGUCGUCGCGCCGACCGGCAACGGUUUCCACGGCGACCCGAACGGUCACUGCAGCCCGCUGGCGACAGGUCAGCAUGCGCUGGAAUACGCAAUCCCGGAUACAGUCCCGCAGACCACCAUCAUGCACCUGCAGGCCGGCGACGACAUGGACGACACCUUGGAGGAGGAGGAGGAGGAAGAAGAUGACGAGGAUGAGGAAGAUGAGGAAGAGGAUGAAGAUGACGAAGAAGAUGAGAACGAUGAGGACGAAGAUGAGAGCAGCAGUCUGUGCAGUCUAUCCGAUUCCAGCACGCAGAGUUUAGCGAACAGCGACUCUGAGGAGGAAGACGACAAUGAGGAUGAAGACAAGACGGAGGAGUUUGACACAGGAUUGGCCAAUAGCGAAGUGGCUCCGCCCCCUUCCGUGAUGUGUUACUCUGAGAAUACGGUCGCGUCCGACAACCAAACUAAUGGCAACUCCUACUUCAUCAACUCCACCGCGAAGUACUACCAAAUGGAAAACGCUACUCCGCCCACACUUUUAGCCUCCGCCAACCAAUCUAGUGAGCCCUACGUAGGGGACACGGCGUCUUAUCAAGACAAGGUUAAUGACUCCAGUAGGGUCAUGUCUCAGGGUCCUUACAAUGUGACCGCUGACCAAUACACGGACUACUCCCAGCAGCCCGAGCAGCCAUAUGCCAAUCACCACUUGGCCGUGAUUGGCUGUUGCGCCUCAGAGCCGGAUAAAAGCGUCCAAUCCAAAGGGACCUUCCUCAGCCAAUCAGGAGAGCUGAGCCAGAUGGAAUUCCAAAACUAUCUGAACAACAAUACACAGGAUACGAGUUACAACGCCAACGGGAGCUGUUUCGUAGCUGAACAGCCAAAGGAGAUGUCUCACAAUCUGCCCGAAGUUUCGCUAGCGGACAACACGAAAGGACCUACUUUACUGGACGCUUUCGCUGAGCCCACUCCGGUUUAGAUUCAGAGAGCGGAGCGAGAGUAUAAAAGCAGCUUUCGAUUCUGCACAUUAACGUUUCGUUUUCCUGUUUAACGUUUGGCGGAUCCAAAAAUAUGUAUUUUUACUGAACUUUGCAAAGAACAAAAACGAUUUAAACCGCAAAAUCAGACCGUAUAAGCUUUAGGUUGGAAACACUCUACGCAAGUACGUUAACGCAAACGCUUCUAGCUACGCAAGCUUGAUUUCAAUAAUGAAAUGUGUCUUAUUCACUAAUAAUUGCGUGGAAUAUUUUGCAUUUGUAUGUACAGGAGAACAGCCUAUGUGCAUUCUCAACCUCAAUUGAAUUUAGUAAUUUGCAUAAAACACGCCUAAGCCAUCUCCAUAUAAGGGUAUUUUUCGCACAACCUUUUUUUUUUUUUCAACAUUCUUUUAUUGCUUUCAGCCAGGGCCAUCCGUAACGGGGAGAAAGGUGGUGACAAUCCAUCUUAACAUGAUUAUAAAAUGAUUAAUUUCAUCUUAACAUGAUUGUAAUGCCACCAGUAUUUGGUUUUUUCAUACAUGUGGAUUCAGUUGCUCCAAUUUUUUCCCGUAAAUUUACAUAAAAUUUUAGUACGAAAGUUCUUGAUUUGUUCAUGAAACAUUCGUACACAGAUUUCAAGCACAAAUACAUGCAUACAAGUGCUUAGUGAUAAAUGAGACCCAUUGUUUUUAAAUCAACAGACAUUAGUAGGUAUUAUAGCGCCCCCUUGAGGUUUAUUACCACUAGAGCAAGAACUUAAAGGGACAGUCCACCUAAAAAUGAAACACUGUCAUGAUUACUCACCCUUACGUCAUUCCAAACCUGUUUUGGACCGCAAAAGAA